UUUAUGUUCAUUUUUUUUUUAAAAAAAAGUGUUUCUUAACUAAAAAAAGAGCCAACUUGGUGGUUGGAAUGUCCACUUCUCCUUUACUAAUGUCUGCUAAAUGCUAAUUAUGCUUCCUCUUGUCUACUGUACUCUUGCCGCUACUUUUAGCACCUUCAAGGCUUCAAUACCUUUUUUAUGGGCUCUAUCCUUUAAUGAUCCCUUCUCUUCUACUACCCAAAUUAGCCAAUACCCACUUAGCUAUGAUUAAUCAAUAUGAUUUCACAUCAUAAAACCAAUGUUUUAAUCUCCUCAAGUUUCAAUCUUUUCUGGGUUUUUCUCAUCUUCCUUACAAACCCAAAUCUUUGUCAAAGCCAAGAACUUUUCUUCGAUGGAUUCAAAGAUGAUGGUAACAACCUAACCCUAAAUGGGAAUGCCAAGAUUCUUAACAAUGGCAUCUUACAAUUAACAAAUGAUACAUCUAGGCUUCUUGGUCAUGCCUUCUACCCAAACCCCAUUAGAGUAAAAACCUCAAAUAAUGGGAAAGCUUUAUCUUUUUCAACAGUUUUUGCUUUUGCCCUUAUACCUGAGUUUCGUACUUUAGGUGGGCAUGGAUUUGCUUUUACACUUGCCCCAAAUAAAGACCUCCCUGGUGCCCUACCAAGUCAAUAUCUUGGUCUUCUCAAUUCAUCUGAUAAUGGGAAUCUCACAAAUCACAUAUUUGCUGUUGAAUUUGAUGAAGUUCAAGAUUUUGAAUUCAAAGAUAUUAAUGAUAAUCAUGUUGGGAUUAAUAUUAAUAGUAUGAUUUCUAAUGCUUCUGUUCCUGCAGUUUAUUAUGUUGAUGGGAAUUCAACAGCCCAGAAUAUUACAAUGAAAAGUGGUAAAACAAUUUUGUGUUGGAUUGAUUAUGAUGCAGAAAAACAUCAGAUUAAUGUAAGUCUUUCACUUUCUAAUGAUAAACCAAAUAGAAGUAUGUUGUCUUAUAAUGUAGACCUUUCACCUUAUUUGGAUGAGUUUAUGUAUGUUGGGUUUUCUGGGUCUACUGGUUUACUUGCUAGCUCACAUUACAUAAUGGGUUGGAGUUUUAAUGUUAAUGGGAAAGUUACCGCUCUUGAUUUGGCAUCUCUCCCUAGGGUUCCAAAGCCAAAAAAGGAAAGUUUUGGGUUGAUUUUGGGGUGUUCAAUUGGAUCAGUUAUUGGGUUUUUUCUAUUUUUAGGAUUAGUUGUUUAUCUUGUAUGGUUGUAUAAGAAUAGGGAUAUAAUUGAGUCAUGGGAACUUGAUGUUGGUCCUCAUAGAUACCCUUAUCAUGAGCUUAAACAAGCUACCAAGGGUUUUAAGGAAAAACAGCUUCUUGGGUUUGGUGGAUUUGGGAAGGUUUAUAAAGGUACACUUCCAAAUUCCAAUAUUGAAGUUGCUGUUAAGAGAAUUUCCCAUGAAUCUAAGCAAGGGUUGCAGGAAUUUGUGGCUGAAAUUUCAAGUAUUGGGCGGCUACGCCACCGGAAUUUAGUCCAAUUGUUAGGGUGGUGUAGGCGUAAGGGAGAUUUGAUGCUUGUUUAUGAUUAUAUGCCUAAUGGUAGUUUAGAUAAAUACUUGUUUAAUGAGCCUAAAAUGAUUUUGAGUUGGGCUCAAAGAUUUGAUAUUAUUAAAGGGGUUGCCUCUGGAUUGCUUUAUUUGCAUGAAGGUUGGGAGCAAACUGUGAUACAUCGAGAUAUUAAGGCCGGAAAUGUAUUACUUGAUGCUGAUUUUAAUGGUAGAUUGGGUGAUUUUGGGCUAGCUAAGCUAUAUGAACACGGGGCUAACCCGAGCACUACUAGGGUGGUGGGAACACUUGGGUAUUUAGCGCCUGAGCUAACACGAACAGGGAAGCCUACACCGAGCUCAGAUGUGUUCGCUUUUGGCGCUUUGAUAUUUGAGGUGGCUUGUGGGAGGCGGCCUAUCGAGCCCAAGGCAUCAUCUGAAAAAAUGUUUUUAGUUGAUUGGGUUUGGGAUAUUUGGAAAGUGGGUGCUUUAUUUGAUGUAUUGGAUCCUAAGUUGAAGGGUGAUUACAAUGAGAUUGAGGCUGGGAUAGUUUUGAAAUUGGGUUUGAUGUGCUCAGCUGAAGCGCCUGAUUCCCGACCAUCGAUGAGGCAGGUUGUGAGGUAUUUAGAUGGAGAGGCUACAUUACCGGAAGAACUGGAGCGUCUUGGUGGGAAUAUCGGGAAUAGGAGCAACCAAAGCUGCCAGAAAGAUGAUGGCGGUACUGGAGAAUUCGAGGAUUUUGUACCUUAAUUUUACUUGGGUACUAAAGCUGAUUCGGUUUUUGGAGAGGAAGGUAUAUAGGCUAUAGCCUCUGCCUGAUGUAAGGAUAGCAAACGAGUAAAAUUUCACUGCGUUCACCUCAUCUGGUAGAUGGUGAAUAUGAAUAUGAAACGCCUUACCCGUUAUAAAUAUGGGUAUGGGGUAAAGAUUACUGCACCUGUCCGCUCAUUUUGUCAUCCAAAGAGAUUUUCCUUCAUUCUUCAAUGUUCAGAUUCAUUUUUGAGUUUUUUUUUUAUCUAGGAUAUAUGCUUGAAUGGUAAUGUAAAGGAAGUUGUAUUCAUUGGCUGCAUAUUUAGGUUUCAUACUUGAAAUCUUCAUGUAAAUAUUUGAUGUUCUGAUUUUUGCUUUCUGAAUGUGAUAUAUAUAAAAGCCAUUAUUUGCUCA